AUGGAUCUGAUCACCGGCCUGACGCACCCCACGGUGCCAGGCUUUCCGAGCUAUGCGAGAGGUUGUCGAUCUUCACAAUCGAACAGCGACCAGGCCCCCGAUCCCCGGCUUUUUGACCAUGCAUCACAACAAGCUCGACCGUCGCCGAGGGCAUACAACCCCUAUCAGAGCAACCACUCUCCUUCGCAAUGGAACAGCGCGUACCACCGAAUCAUAACGAACCUGCCCCCGUCCUACAUGGCCGACAACUCUGAGCACUCGCUCAGGAGGAAAACCCCGAACGGCACAAUCGACAAUGGUUACGAUGGCACCCCCACCCAGCUGGCUGCCGGUCCGCCGCCACAGAAGUACCUGAAUCUGGCUCCUGGCGGCGAAAUAUUCCCGACUGCGAACUCCGGUCACCGUUUGUCAGCCAGCGGCAGCUCCUGGUGGUAUCCCUCACAGCCCGUCAGAGGCAGCCUCGAUGAACCGAGCCCGAUCUCCCGUCCGACUCCGGUAGGCGGUAGCUUCGGCCAGGGCAGCUUGGGUUACAGCCCGGCCCAUGGCUCGUUGCUUCCAUCACCGUCCGCACAGCUGCAUCCCAUGAGUCUGACCCCGGUCAUGCGCAACGGCUAUGGGAACACGUACCAAAACCAGGCAGCACCAAGCCCUUCAAGCUUCUCGCCCGGUGGGUUCAACACAGCUCCUAUCUGGGGCGACGGGCCUUUCUCCGGCUUCCAUCCAAGCUUGCAGAUGUCUUCAACAGGGUAUCCACCCCAUAACAUCCCAUACGAAAGCGGUUUCGUCGCAGUGCAGGCACCGCUGCUUCAGGGUGGCUUGGGCAUGGUUCCCUUCAAUGCCCAUAAUCUUCCUCUGCAGAUGCAGACUCCCCCGUAUAUGCUUGAUGAUGGAUACUCACGGCACGGUCAGCUCCCGUCCAUGGUUCAGUCCUCACACCGAGGCCUACAGAGCAUGUCGCUCGGCCCAGUGUCACCUGCGACUUGCGGUGCUCCUUCUCAGGUACAGUUUAAAGAGGGAGUCCUGGCUACUGGACAUAAGGCCUAUACGGACCUCAUACAUCAUCUCAACAGGGUAAAAAAGGUCCAACACGGCAAGACGAACUCAAGAUCCCAGAAGAACAUGAUCUUCCCGAGGCCCCCCAAACAAAUCGCUUCACGGCCCACUCCGCACCUGCAGAGGGCACAUCAGACGUUUCCAGGCGCUGGGGCUCCCUUUGCACACCGUGCUCUGCAACAGCCGCUGAAUGCACCAAGCGCCAUGAACCGCAUGGUCCGAGCCUCCGACAUGCUUCCUUUAGCCAGGCUAGAUGCUAACGGGCGGUCGAUCAGCACCCAUCCUGCAAUGAUGGGAGACGUCUACGGAAACGUGCUAGUCCAGAAGUAUCCUACUGAGAACGCCAGGGCUUCGUUAGAAAUACUUCAAAACCUGUGUGAGCAGUCCGAGUGGAAUUGGGUGGAUGGCAUGCUUCUGGGAGGCUGCCUGCAUUAUGCUUUGGAAAAAUACGAGGAGGCUUUGGAGUGGUUUAAGAGGAUCAUUGAUCUUAACGCCAACCACGUGGAAGCGAUAUCGAACAUCGCGGCGACGUUGUACUGCCUGAGCCGGCAGGAUGAGGCUGAGAGACAAUGGCAAAAAGCUAUCGAAUUACGACCGGAUUAUCUCGAAGCACUUGAGCACCUGGUUGGUCUGUUGUGCUCGACUCACCGCAAUAAGCAGGCCGUGGAUAUCAUCGAGCAUGUUCAACAGAAACUACGCAUAUCGUCACACGAUUUGCACCGGCAGAACAAACUGAAGAAAGGCAUAGGCACAGGAGGAUCGGCCUCGAACGACAUGCUCAACCCCGACGAGGCGCUCAUAGACGCCGCUCAAGCUGUCCGCAAGCUGUCGGUCUCAAGUGAGAUGCAGGAUGACUGGGGCUCCAGUGGUUACAAGAUUCCAGCAAGCGAGAACUGGCGAAUCUUGACCCUCGUGCACGCCAAGGGAAACAUGCUCUACGCUCUGAAACUCAUCGACCGCGCCUCGGAGGCAUUCGAAGAAGCCGUCUUGAUCAGUGCGGGACGCCACAUCGGUGGCAUUCAGAAUCUCAUCAAAAGAAUCCAGCUGGUGUUGUCACCUAGAGCGAUUGGGCCACAACACCUAGACGCGAAGAAUCUGUCUGCACCGCUUCUUUUGCCGCCAGACAGGGCCAAACGAACCGCCGAGUUGGUCUUCGCAUCGACUGGUGGUCAGUUACCUGGUCUGCGAUACGUACCCGAUGGGAAGCACAAGCACAAUGCCAUUUCAACAACAAGCAACUCUCUGCUCUCUCUGGCAAAAAUAUUUCAGGAUGCGAUGUCUGCAGGUGGGUCGAGCCCAGGACCUGUGGCACAACCACGCGGUGUGGGCGAUAUCCUCGCGCUGUACUAUUUGUCUCUCGCGCUUCAGGAGAGCCCAUCCACUGCGAACAAUGUCGGCAUCCUGCUUGCGAGUGUCCAACAGUCUGCUUCACAGUCCCCAUCAGCCUCGACACAUUACGCUUCGCGCAUACCAGGCAUUGUGCCUGGAAGUGGGUUGGAACUUGCCCUCGCAUACUACCAGUACGGUCUGUUGCUGGACCCGAAACACGUACAUCUCCACACAAACCUGGGAAGCUUGCUGAAGGAUAUUGGUCAACUCGACUACGCCAUCCAAAUGUACCAGAAAGCGGUAGAGUGUGACAGUACUUUCGACAUUGCUUUGACCAACCUAGCAAAUGCUGUCAAAGAUCGGGGUCGCAUCGAAGAAGCCAUCAAGUACUACAGACGUGCUGUAGACUCGAAUCCCGAAUUCGCUGAGGCCGUGUGCGGGCUGUCGACAGCUCUGAAUUCAGUAUGCGACUGGAAGGGCCGCGGCGGAGUAUUGCUCAAUGGCGGAAAGUUCGACAGAUGGCAUGUGGGCGACGACGGCAUGAUUGUCGAUGUUAAAGAAACCCGGCAGGGCUCCGGCUUGAUGAAGAAGGUGGUCGAUAUCGUUGCCCGUCAGCUCAAGGAAGCCUCCACCUGGGGAUCUGGAGCCCUCACCUGUGGCGUUCUUGCCUCUAUCGUGUCUCAGCUGGACGCUGCUCGGGCCUCUCAGGCAGACUCCAAUCUCUAUCUGGAUUCUGAGCUGCGCUAUUGGGCAGGCAAACCGUGGGAAGGCUCUCGUCUGCUGCGACUCAUCGAGCGUUCGACCAGGGCGACUAUGCGGAACUGGUAUCUGGACAAAUACGAGCGUGGAUAUGAGUCCCCGCACGGUUACCCCCGAACACGGCCUCCUAGCAACCUCACAGUCCCAUCCGCCCCGACCGUGCUGCCGUUCCACACCUUUACUUGCCCCUUGACGGCCAAGGACGUGCGGAGGAUCUCUCAGCGGAAUGCGCUUCGAAUAUCUUGCUCCACGCUACGAUCGCCAUGGCUGCCACACUCAGUCUAUCGACCUCCAAAACCUCCGAGUCCGUGCCUGAACAUAGGUUAUGUCUCCUCCGACUUCAACAACCAUCCUCUGGCGCAUCUCAUGCAGUCUGUGUUUGGAUUCCAUGAUCAGACUCGCGCGAAAGCAUUUUGCUAUGCAACAACCGCCAGUGACGGAUCAGCACAUCGUCAACAAAUCGAAAGGGAGGCUCCCGUGUUCCGUGACGUCAGCAGUUGGUCUUCCGACAAGGUGAUAGAGCGAAUUGUUGGGGAUGGCAUUCAUAUCCUCGUCAACCUGAACGGGUAUACAAGGGGUGCCCGCAACGAGAUAUUUGCCGCACGUCCGGCUCCCAUACAGAUGUCUUUCAUGGGCUUUGCUGGUACGCUCGGAGCUGAGUGGUGCGAUUAUCUUCUGGCAGACACUACGGCCAUUCCUCCUGAAACGCUGAGGCCAUGGAGGGGCAACCUUUCGCUUACGGACGUAUUUCGUGACGACGCCGAAGGCGACGCCGAGGAUUGGGUGUACUCCGAGAACAUCAUAUUCUGCAGGGACACGUUCUUCUGCUGCGACCACAGACAAUCUGCAGAUGCUGCCGAGCGAACAGUGACUUGGGAAGAAGAGCAACGGCGGAGGUGGAAAAUGCGCAAGGAGAUCUUCCCGGACCUCCCGGAUGACAUGAUCAUCCUGGGCAACUUCAAUCAACUCUACAAGAUCGACCCUACCACCUUCCGCACAUGGCUCAGGAUCCUCGCCAACACGCCCAAGGCUAUUCUCUGGCUACUGAAGUUCCCCGAGCUCGGAGAGCGAGCGCUCAAGGAAACUGCUGAGGAAUGGGCGGGGGCCGAAGUCGCCAGUCGGAUAAGGUUCACAGAUGUUGCGCCAAAGCAGAUGCAUAUCUCACGGGCUCGCGUCUGUGACCUUUUCUUGGACACGCCCGAAUGCAAUGCGCACACAACGGCAGCCGACGUUCUCUGGUCCAGCACCCCACUGCUCACGUUACCGAGGUACGACUACAAAAUGUGCUCACGCAUGGCCGCCUCCAUUCUCAAGGGCGCGUUGCCCAAGAAUGCUGCCGGCGACCAGGCUGCCGUGGAGCUGGUCGCCGAAGAUGACGACGACUAUGAGAAGAAGGCCAUCGUGCUGGCCAACGGCAUCUCGUAUCACAUGGCCGAGGGCGGCUAUGGCGAGGCAGAGGGACGCCUCUGGGAGUUGCGGAAACUCUUGUUCGGAAGCAAAUGGAACUGCGCACUUUUCAACACCCGUCGCUGGGUGUCUGACCUUGAGGAGGCUUACAAAGAAGCCUGGAGGAGAUGGGUCGCAGGCAUCGACGGCGACAUAUACCUGUGA